GCUAAUUGUUAAGAGCAAAGGUCUUGCCAAUUUACUAGUAAUUUUUAUCAACUCUAUGAAAAUAUUUAAAAAAUUAUUAACUCUAUGAAAAUUACUUACUUAAAAAAAAAUCUUUAUACGUAUGCAUUGAAUACACCCCUUGUCAAGAACUCCUCGUGUAUUAUUUUUUUUUUCAUUUUUUCCCAACGAUUCAUCAACCUCCCAUUCGCUUAAAAUACUCCAACGCCCACUUUGGCCCUCUCCAUUCUCUUUGAAACCGAAACCGCCAUUGCUGGCUCCUCUCUCUCUCUCUCAUAAUCUCAUCUAAAGCAUUGUUUAAUUCACACAGCUAGCUCGCUAGUUAGCUUUUCCACCGCUUCAAGCUUGCCUUCAUCAACCCAAAAAAAAAAACACACAGACGAAGCGAAGCUUGGGAUAAUUUCAGAGCGGUCGAUCUGUUCAGAAAUAUUUCUUCACCUGCAGCUGAAUGCGCUUUGGUUUCAAAACAAAAUACAAACCAAAGCCAUACACAGCGAUUGUACUGUCAGUAGGGUCUUCUCUUUGAAGCAUAUAUAUAUAUAUAUAUUUAUUUAUAUAUCUUGAGAUCGUUCUUCUUCUUGUUGGGGAGUACAUUGGAGUAAUCUGAGUCUGGGAAACGACGUCGGAGGAAGUUUUCGGGUUGGCGCACGUGAGGUGGCACGUGACUGUUAGGACUUUGGGGGAGUUUGUUAUUAUUUACUAUAUUUUCCCGGUCCCUGAAAAAUGCCUCACAGAACGACUUACUUCUUCCCGAGGCAAUUCCCUGAUCGCAGGUUCGAUUCGACUUCUAAGCAGCUGUUGCAAGAAGAUCACAACGAUCACGAGAAAAGCAAAGACAGCGACGCUUUUGAAAAUGGAGAUCACGAUCAACAACACCAAAAGGUGCCCAAAACUGCCACCAACAACUUGUACAAAUCCUCAGCUGCUUCUAGAGAUGAUAGUGCACCGCCCGAUAUUCAGUACUUCACCGGCGGCCACCAGAAGAAGCCACAAUUGGCGGCUUUCUGCGACUGGUUCCUCCAAGACAAGAAGAAGGGUCCCAGCGCUCGAUCCAAGUCAAGCGCUGGGCAUAACCUGAGGGCUACGAGGCUGUCGUCAUCCUCGAUCUCCUCGUGCCACCUGGUGGAUGAGGAUCGGGAGCUGUUGAUCCCGCAGCCUCGUCAUGAUGAUCAUGAGGCUGCUGCUCCGCCGCAGCCGCCGGAGUCGUCUACCACGACGACGCUCAAGGACAGGAGCGUUGACCGGAGCUUUGACCGGCAGGUGUCGCUGCCGAGGGUGUCCAGCGGGAGUAGCUACGCGGGGAGCUUGUUCUCUGGAACGACGACGUUGGAUGGGAACUUCUCCGGGGAUGUUAAGGACUCGUCGGCCACGACGAGGCAUAUGGAGGAGGAGGAGGAAGAGGAGGAGAGAAGAAAAGUGAGUUUGGUGCAGAGGUAUAAAGAGAGCUAUUAUCUGCAGCUUCUUUUGGCUAAGAGGCUUAGUUCUCAUGCUACUCUUGGUAGUGAAUCAUUGCUCUUGCAUGAGAGUGCUGCACUUGAGGUUUCCGAUGCUGAAACGGUGUCGUAUCGGCUAUGGGUUAGUGGCUGUUUGUCAUACAAUGAAAAGAUAUCUGAUGGUUUCUACAACAUUUUGGGAAUGAAUCCAUAUCUAUGGGUGAUGUGCAAUGAUGUCGAGGAAGGAAAGCUAAUACCGUCCUUGACGUCGCUUAAAGAAAUUAAACACGGUGAGACGUCAAUGGAGGUUGUUCUUGUUGAUAAACAAGAGGAUUCUCGCCUGAAGGAGCUUGAAGAUAAAGCACAUGAACUUUCAUGUGCUUCAGAGAAUACUUUAGUGUUGGUGGAGAAACUUGGCAAGCUUGUUGCCAUUUACAUGGGGGGUAGUUAUCCCGCGGAGCAAGGAGAUCUGCACAUGCGUUGGAAAGUGGUUAGCAAGAGAUUGAGGGAUUUUCGUAAGUGUAUUGUGCUCCCCAUUGGCAGCCUAUCAAUUGGGCUUUGCAGGCAUCGUGCCGUUCUUUUCAAGAAAUUGGCAGACCACAUAGGUUUGCCUUGUCGGAUAGCUCGUGGUUGCAAGUAUUGUGUGGCAGAUCAUCGGUCUUCUUGUCUUGUCAAAAUUGAAGAUGACAGGCAGUUUUUGAGGGAAUAUGUGGUUGAUCUAGUUGGGAAACCAGGAAACCUCCAUGGUCCAGACUCCUCAAUAAAUGGAGGAUCUCUUUCUGCAAUACCUUCACCAUUUCAAAUUUCUCAUCUAAAAGAAUUCCAACAACCUUACAGGAAUAAUGGAUUAUGUUGCCAACUUACGAACUCAAAGCACACACGUGCUCCUCCUGAAGAUCCAUUCUAUUCAGGUGGUGGGGAGGGAGGUCAGGUCAUCAAGGAAAGCAGUUUGCUUCCAGUUGAUCAAACUAAAUUUGGGAUGGAAUCUUCUCUGAUGCCUUUGGAGUUGAAAGGAAAUGCUCAGGGUGAUGCUUCUCAAGCUCUUGAUGUUGCUGCUGGUGCUGGUGCUGCCGUGGCAUCAUUAGAGGAAUCUGCUAGACUUGGCAAAGAAAAUAUUGUUGUACAACAAGCGUACAGAAAUGAGAUUGUUGUAUCAAGAAGUCAGGUUAUAAGCAACUGUGUCAAGCAACCUGAAGUACGUGUGUUCAAUCAAUCAGAGAUAGAGGGGGUUCAUGGUGAACUUGUGAAACAAGGUAGAAUUACUGCUGUGACUAUCCCCAGGUACUUGAAUCUUGAACCCUCUCUUGCAAUGGACUGGCUUGAGAUCUCAUGGGACGAGUUAAAUAUCAAAGAGCGCGUUGGAGCUGGCUCAUUUGGGACAGUGCAUCGUGCUGAAUGGAAUGGAUCGGAUGUUGCUGUCAAGGUGCUAACUGUUCAGGAUUUCCAUGAUGAUCAAUUGAAGGAGUUUUUACGAGAGGUUGCAAUUAUGAAACGUGUCCGCCAUCCGAAUGUAGUCCUUUUCAUGGGUGCAGUUACAAAGCGUCCACAUCUGUCAAUAGUGACAGAAUAUCUGCCUAGGGGUAGUCUAUAUCGCCUCAUACACAGGCCAGCUUCUGGGGAACUUCUGGAUCAGAGGAGGCGGUUGCGCAUGGCAUUGGAUGUUGCCAAAGGGAUCAAUUACCUCCAUUGUCUUAACCCUCCUAUCGUCCAUUGGGAUCUUAAAUCUCCCAAUUUGUUAGUUGAUAAAAAUUGGACAGCGAAGGUAUGUGAUUUUGGGUUGUCCAGAUUUAAGGCGAACACUUUCAUCUCAUCUAAGUCUGUCGCAGGAACACCCGAGUGGAUGGCUCCAGAAUUUCUUCGCGGAGAGCCCUCAAAUGAGAAGUCUGAUGUUUACAGUUUUGGAGUAAUCCUCUGGGAACUUGUAACAAUGGAACAACCUUGGAGUGGUCUUAGCCCCGCCCAGGUAGUUGGAGCUGUUGCCUUCCAGAACAGAAGGCUUGCUAUCCCAGCCAAUACUCCGCCAAUGUUGGCUUCGCUUAUGGAAUCCUGCUGGGCUGAUGAUCCUGCUCAGCGCCCGUCUUUUGCUAGUAUAGUUGAGUCCCUAAAGAGGUUGUUAAAGUCUCCUCUGCAGUUGGUACCCGUGGGUGGAAAAUGAAGGGUGCUUCUGCCCAUAGCUGAAUCGAAGAGUUGAUCGUUAUACUUUCGGUAGUUAAAUCCCUACAACUGACUGAGCUUCUUUGGUUCUUGGCAGUUAUACAAGUGUUUCUUGUCUAACCCAAUUAGAAAGCAGUUGUACCCCUCAUAUGUACUGAAGGGAAAUAAAUAUUAGUUCCUUCUGUAUUUAUGUGAGUUUCUAGUGUGGCCAGCGUUUUCAUGAUAAGCUAUUUAGAUCCCCUUCAAAUCUGUCUGAUUCUUAAGGGAAGAACUCGCAUCAGUAUCUCAAUUUCAAUUCAAAGAAGAAUUCGGUUCGGUUCGUUUUGAUUGAGGAGCUGGAAUUAACUUUGAUUUGUAUUUUGUUUUGUAACUGAUAAGUCUGAUAUGCAUCUGGGCUUCCACAA